GGCGGAGCCAGCCGUCCGGGCACACACGCGACCACCCCGCGACGCGAUCAAUAACUAACCCUCUAAACCCUCAAAAACCCCAUCGAUUGAACUCCAUACGACUGGGAAAACCUCAAUUACAGUAUGUAAAAUUAGUUACGUUAAGGAAAUUGUGUCAACUUUUGUCAACACCAUAAAACAUGGCCACCGUAAGGAACACAUGAUCGCCUCCGCAUAUCCAAGUGAAACAUUAAUGUUGGUUGUGUACUGAUAUAAUAAUAACUAAAACAUAAUGCGCCAAACUGAAACACGUCACAUUUCCGCAAAACUGUCGUGAGUGCCUGUGAGUGAUGAGCCGAUGAGCUGAGGAGCUGAUGAGUUGAUGAGUUGAGGAGCUGAUGAGUUGAAGUCAUGACGUCACUGAAGCAUGGAGUCAAUUUAAGCCGGCGAGCAUGCAGGCGAGUCCUGGGUUUGUUCGCGUUCGCCGCUCUGCUUCCCGUCGCGAGCCUCAAUCCUAUUGAAAGCACCACGAAACAUACUCCGUCCAUUACUGUCGAUGGGAGCUCCACAUAUCCCGGGCUCGGAUUUGGGCCCAUGGGCCCAGUGGUGCCCCUGCCAGGGGAGCCCCUGGGCACCCAACUCCGUCAGAACCAGGAGACUACCUCGGAAAUUCCCGCAACAGAGAAGACGAAGAAGGAAAGGACGUUCGUAAUAGCUGCCUUUGAAUUCCAUCGAGUGGAAACGCCUUUCCUAAUUGGAUUGUGGAUUUUCUUCGCCAGUAUAGCUAAAAUUGGGUUCCAUAUGGCCCCAAGAUUAUCGAAGAUGUUUCCUGAAUCGUGCCUCCUGAUCUUCGUGGGGGUCCUCAUUGGGGCCUUAUUGCUGAGUACCCACAGCGUCCACGUCCAGCCGCUGACUCCUGACACCUUUUUCCUCUACAUGCUGCCUCCUAUCAUCUUGGACGCUGGAUACUUUAUGCCAAACAGACUCUUCUUCGACCAUCUAGGGACGAUCUUGUUGUUUGCUGUAGUCGGAACUGUAUUCAACACCCUCACAAUUGGUGCAUCCCUAUGGGCCUGUGGCCAGACUGGCAUGUUUGGUUGCACGACGCCUCUCCUUGACAUGCUGCUGUUCAGCGCGUUAAUCUCAGCUGUUGAUCCCGUGGCUGUGCUGGCUGUGUUUGAAGAAAUACACGUGGAUGAAGUCUUGUACAUAGUGGUCUUCGGAGAGUCCCUUCUCAACGAUGCUGUUACGGUCGUGUUGUACCAUAUGUUUGAAGCUUAUACCGAAAUGGGUCCAUCUCGUCUCAUGUACACGGACUUUCUCGCGGGCCUGGCCUCCUUCCUGGUCGUGGCCUUCGGCGGCACCUGCAUCGGCGUCAUUUGGGGCUUCGCGACGGGCCUGGUCACCAGGUUCACGCACGAAGUCCGGGUCAUCGAACCCAUUUUCAUCUUCGUCAUGGCGUACUUGGCGUAUCUCAACGCUGAAAUGUUCCAUAUGAGUGGGAUCCUCGCCAUAACAUUCUGCGGUAUAACAAUGAAGAACUACGUGGAAGCCAACAUUUCGCACAAGUCCCACACGACUAUCAAGUACACUAUGAAGAUGCUGUCCUCGUCUUCGGAGACCAUCAUCUUCAUGUUCCUAGGUGUCGCCACCGUCAACAACCACCACGACUGGAACACGUGGUUCGUGUUGCUGACCAUUGUCUUCUGCUCAAUCUUUCGGAUUAUAGGAGUGUAUAUAUUUAGUGCAGUAGCAAAUAAGUUCAGAUUGCACAAACUAAAUAAGGUUGAAAAAUUUGUUAUGUCCUACGGAGGUCUCCGCGGUGCAGUCGCAUUCGCAUUGGUGCUAUUAAUAGAUCCGGAAGUGGUGAAGUUGCAGCCGAUGUUCGUCACGACGACGAUAGCGGUGAUUUACUUCACGGUGUUCAUCCAGGGCAUCACCAUCAAGCCGCUCGUGAAGAUACUGAACGUCAAGACGGCUGAGAAGAGGAAGCCUACGAUGAACGAGAGGAUACAUGAACGAUUCAUGGACCAUUUGAUGGCAGGUGUAGAAGAUAUUUUAGGUAAACAUGGUAAUCAUCAUAUGCGUGAUAAAUUCAAGAGAUUUGAUAAUCGGUUUAUAAGACCCUUUUUACUUAGAAAUUACCAGGGUGCGGAACCAAAAAUUUUAGAAACCUAUUCAAAGUUGGCUAUGAAGGAUGCCAUAGAGUAUAUGCAGAGGAAUGCUUCUACCAUUGGAAAUAUAUCGGGUGCCGAGUCAAUGUCUGCUAUAUUUAAGAAUUAUACUAAUACUAAUUUCAAUGGAAGUCCAAGCUUCAGUCAGCUAGACUCAUCAACAUGGAAUAUAGAUAUGCAAGAGCUUGAGUACAAUCCCUCUAAGAAGGAUCUGACCGAUGCAAAAAUACACCAUUUGCUGGCUGAGGAACUCUGCAAACCAUUCAGACGGCAUCGGCGACUAAGCUAUAGCCGACAUGCUGUGAAUGACCGAGACCUGGGUAUCCAGCAGGUGAACUACAAAACACACAUGAACAUUCGUCGACGGGUCGGCGAUAGGAAACACCACCACAAGCGCAGUAAACGUGGGAAGCAGGAUGGCAAAAAUCAUGUCACCUUCCCUGAAUUCCAGCAAAAUGGUUCGGCCAAACAGUUCACGCACGGUAAAAUAAAGUAUUAUAGAUUAGACUACAUAGACGAGGUGUUGCAAGAGGACGGCGACGAGCGGGCGCCGCGCCGUGACGCCGAUGAUGGCGGUAUAAUUUUCACUGCCAAGUCCCCGCCUGGAUAUAAAGAAGUCAGUCCGACGUCCUCGCAUAAAGAAAAUAGUAGUUCGCUUUUAAACCAGUUGGCUAACCUGCCGGGGUUCAAUCCUUUGAAAGCGAGAAUAGUAAAACAGUAUGCUAAAACCCCCGAGGAGAUAUUGCCGACAGCUGUUGAGAAAUCCUUACCGUGGAGAAGGGACAGGUCCACGUAUAACUUUGUACCUAAUGAAGAUAUUCUUGAAGAAGACGAGAAGAGAAUGUCCGAUGAUAACGACACAUACAUGACAGUGCCCGAGCAUGCACGUGUGGCCACGCCCACCGCAACAGAGACCAUGUUGCCAUGGAAACGGGAGGAGGCCGAGGGCUCCGGGGCCCUCAAGCAGUCUGAGUUCCCUUCCUGGGCCUCCAACAAGGAAUACCUUGCUUACAGUUCGCCGUCUGCCACGUUCCUAGGAGGUAUAGAGAAGCCAAAACAUCCGAAAUCUAUCAUAGGUCUAUUCCGAAGAGAGAGCUCAGGUUCCAACCAGGGUCAAGAGGCUGCCGCAUCAGAUACUGAAGCGACUAUCAAAGGAGAAUGUAGCAAGGGAGAGACGUCAUCAAAUAAAGGGGAAUAUCACAGCCGUCAAGGACCAAGUUUGCUGUCCAAAAGGAGCACGAGUCUUGGGGGACCUUCGGUACUGCUGAUGGAAGAUGUGGCACAUUCGGAUCCACUAGGAGCGUCGUCAAGACCUGCCAAUAUAAUGCAGGGGCCGCAUCGAGGACAGUGCAGGAGAGGAUCCAUGUUGGAGCUGACCGGAUCCCUAUCCCGCGAUGCGAUAACAGAAGAAAAGUGCAGCAAGUCUCUGCCAGAGAGCGAGCGAAUGGGGAUCCGUCGCUUACCCCUCGGCCAACAAAGCCUACCACGGGAACCAUUCAUCCGGCAGCUAACCAUGGCGUCUACCCUCCUGACCAGUUCAUCAUCAGACGACUCCUCCGAUGAGAACACCUGAGUGCAUCGCCGUGGUGAUCCAGACAGGUUGCCACUUUUAAAGUACAGGACGCUAGAAUAAGCGAAUGACACUCUCAAUCAGUGCUGUGAAUUUGUGGUGUAGAAUUAAGUAGGUUAAACGAAUGUUGUGGAGGGUGUGUGAUUUCUUAGCCGACUGCGUGACUAAAUUUACGUUUAAAAUUCUAAUGUUGUUCUGCUAAUUAUUUCCAAGCACUACCCUGUAAAGAGUAGUAUUUAAUCUCUGCGAGUGGAAGGAUUUUAAACUGUUUGUGUGUUUUGUAAGAUUACUUAACCUGGCGACCAAAAUUGAAAAAGGUGUGAAAUUAUUUUCUUGACGAAAUUUGAUAGGUAGCGAUACCCAUGUCGUAUUUUAAGAUUCAGUGCUAGCUAGAAAAUAUUGAAGGGAAACGAUGCAAGUACUCGUAAAAUGGCUAGACUGACUUUUCACAUUGACCCCAAAUAGAGAAAUAAACUUUUGUUAUGCAGUCGGAUUUUUUGAUGAAUUUUGUGAGUCUGAUAAUUAAUGACUAGAUACCUAGAUAUUAUUUUAUUAGACUGUUUACCUACUUUAGUACUCCCUAUUUUUAUGUAAUCCAUUUACAUAUUGAAGUUCCUUUUUUCCUAGACUUUGACUAAGUAGUGAAUUUUUGUGUCCAACAUUACAUAGUCGACAUAGAAAAUAACAAUAAUAAAAUUUAUAUUCGAACCAGUUAGUAAUUAUUUUUAUAUGCUCUUGUAAAUAUAUUAUGCUAUUUUUUUAAUAAUUAUGGGUAGGUUGCACCUCCAAAUUUGACGUUAACUUUAACGUUGACGGUGUAACCUGGUGUAAGUAUUUUGUUAUUUUAUUAAGGCAAUGGUUGCCAAUGACAAUACUAUUAAACCUAAAGAUAUAAGUAGGUAGUUGUAUCUAAGUUUAGAAACUUAGAAAUCUUCUGAAUGUUUUCAGAUUUAUUAUUGGUGAUUCCUUAACGAUAAACAGGCGACAAAAAUAUCAAAAGUCA